AUUGACUUGCUGCUGACAACUCAAGCAAACUGAAAUAUUGACAGACACAACUGACAGAUUUUGUGUUUCGGUCUCCACUCCAAUUUGAGUAUUUUUGAUCAAAUAAUAUUUUACAAAAUGCAACCACUCACAAUGAAUAAAGGUGAAGUGCAAAUAGAUCUUAAUCAAGUCAGAAUAGAUAUUCGUUUGGGAAUAAAAGAGUGCAACGAUCGUGGUCUCAUUCAGACUGCAAAGUGGCUGGCUGAGCUGAACUAUGCACUCAGAGAUCACAAAAUCACAACACCAGAAGAACAACCUAAAAUACUCGAUGAUGGUAUUGCUAUUGAAGAUCGAGAAUCAUAUACUUUAGCCAAGACAUACUUUGACUGCCAGGAAUACGAUCGAGCCGCACAUUUUUUAGAAAACUGCACGAGUCCCAAAUGUAUUUUUCUGCAAAGGUAUUCGCAAUACAUGUCUAGUGAGAAAAAAAGAUUAGACAAUGCUACUGACGCUGGGAAUGAAAACACAGAAUCGACACAAGUUCUAUUGGACUUACUGUCGUUUUUUAAGGCAAACCGCAACAAUUUGGAUGGAUAUCUCCUGUAUUUAGAAGGUGUGGUGCUGAAAAAAUUAGAUUUGCGAAGCCAAGCAGUGACAGUGCUUCAAGCUGCUAUAGCUGCAGCUCCAACCCUUUGGGCAGCAUGGGUGGAACUCGCAGGCCUUGCAAAUGAAUAUGAAGCAUUAGAUUCUCUUCAGCUGCCAGAGCAUUGGAUGAUGUACUUUUUUGCUGCCCAUGCAUUUGUGGAAUUGAAGCUAUCUGAACAAGCAUUAGAUGCCUAUAUGGGCUUAGCAUCUGUGGGCUUUCACAAAAGUACCUAUGUUACAGCCCAGAUGGCUAUUGCACAUCAUGAUAGGAGAGAUGUUGACUCUUCUCUUGAUUUAUUUCGAGAACUAUACCAGAGUGAUCCUUAUCGACUAGAUAAUUGGGAUGUCUAUUCUCACUUGCUCUACUUAAAAGAAAAAAGAAUGGAGCUUGCUAACUUAGCUCAAAGAGCUGUAUCUAUUGACAAGUAUAGAGUAGAAACAUGCUGUGUAAUAGGUAAUUACUACAGUUUAAGAAGUGAACAUCAGAAAGCAGUGAUGUAUUUCCAGAGGGCUCUCUCUUUAGAUCCUCAGUACCUUUCAGCUUGGAUUCUUAUGGGUCAUGAAUUCAUUGAGUUGCAGAAUUCAAAUGCUGCUAUUCAAUGCUAUAGACAAGCUAUAGAUGUUAAUAGAAAUGAUUACAGAGCAUGGAAUGGACUUGGGCAAGCUUAUGAAAUAUUGGGGUUGAAUGGUUACUGUAUAUAUUACUAUUCAAGGGCAGCCCAACUUAAACCUGAUGAUUCCAGAAUGUUGGUUUCACUAGGGGAGGCUUAUGAGAAGAUGGAUAAAAUACCAAACGCACUGAAAUGUUAUUAUAAAGCACACAGCACAGGUGAUAUUGAAGGAAUGGCGCUCUUCAAAUUGGCCAAGUUGUACGAGAAGUCGAAUAUGCCAAAUAGCGCAGCAGCGGCUUACACCGCAGCGUGCCAAGAUGCCGGCAACGCUACAAGUAAAGAGCUGCCGGCCGCGCUGCGCUACCUCGCCCAGUACUACCUUCGCUUCUCGCUGCUGGACCACGCCGCCCACUACGCGUACAAGUGCUUGGAACACGAGAGCACCAAAGAAGCGGGGAAGAAUAUCUUAAAGACGAUAUCUGAAAAGAGACUAGCAGCGUCGUCAUCACAACCAACCAGCCUACCUGAAGAUUUACCAGAAGCUAUUAAGAAUGUUUCCGCGAUAUCGAUAUCGCACGAAGCACCCAAGACCCCUUUACCCAGUCCAAACGUCACACCAGAUAAUUUCUCCACGCCGGUAUUUACAAGGAAAAACAGUAAAUACAAAAUGUGACACAUCGUGUCUAGAAAGUGUAAAAUGUAAAUAAGAGACUGAUAUUGUUAAUAAUUAAUAAAUUAAUGAUAGCUUGAUAAUAAGUUUUAAUUAGGUACAUAAUUACUAAAUAAAAUAUACAAAUCUCAGACUGGAAAUUACUUAUUAUUCCGUUAUUCAAAGCGUGAAAUUGAAGAUACCUAUAAACACCAAAGGUGACCAAAACACUGACCGUCAUGCUACCCGGG